AGGAGUAUACUUUCGUUGCGCUGCUCUCGGAUGCGUUCGCGCGCGCGGUUCGUGAUCGUGGCCCCGUCGAAAUCUUCCUCGCUCUCUCUCUCCCGCGUGGUAUGGGUACCGUGGUGAUGAAAUAUGCAAAACGAUGCCUUUCCAUCUUCCAUAUCAGCGGCUUCGGUAGCGGAAUGAUUGAUGCCAGACACUUGUCAGACUGCAACGAUGCCCGGAAGCUAUGUAAUAUUUAAGAAAAAAAAACCCACAAGGAGAUUAAAUCAAUGAACACCGUCAUUUAUCUGACUGGUUUCCUUUUUGGAACAAUUUGUUGUUAUUAAGCCAUUUGUCAAAGUUUAUGGAAGCACAAAACAGAAUAAUUUCAGUUCAAAGUAUCGGCAUCAAUUACUAACGAGAACAACUUCAUUUUGCAAUAAAACAUAUGCGAGAAACUUGAAAGCAAACCACGUGUGGAAAAAAUGUCGAUAAUCUAAAUUGAUCGCGUCUUUUGACAAGGAAAUUAAUGAUCUAGACAACGAUUAUCACAGUUCGUACGGAUCCAUCCUCGUGCUCGGCAUCGGAAGGCCAGUGUUAAUGGGUUACGUUUAAGGCAUCGUGGUGUUAUUUUAUGAGCUUAUAAUUGUUCACUGAUUGAGUGCGACGAGGGAAGAGAGUGUUGAAUCGCUAAAAGAUUACAGAAAUUUGCAUAAGUCGCCAUCUGCCAUCUCUCAUCCGAAUCUAUGAGUGUGUGGAUAUAACUUGAAACUGAAGCUAAUCGGCGAAGAGAGUGGAUCGAACGGCUGGCUUAGUUUGGUGACGGAAGCUUCGUUUAUGACCGUCUGUUUUGCCAGCAUCCAUCGCCUUAGGAUGAUUGAUGAGAAGCAUAACACGUUUCCACAUACGGGUCAUAUCUUAUUGCCAUGAUUUGGACUUCUUUCAACGGGACCAUGAUUCACUGCUGCGGACUAAAAUGAACAUCUUUUUACGGAUCAUCUUCACGAUACUAAUGUUCACAAAAGUACGAUUUAUUGAAGGUUUCACCUCUUCGGUUCUGUGCUCAAGAAUCCCAGGCCUUUCUACUUACCAGAAGCAGCUAUGUGUCGAAGCUCCAGAUGCUGUAGUGUCGUUGUCAGCGGGUCAGCUGCUUGGUGCUCAAGAAUGCCAGGAGCAGUUCAAAGGUCAUCGCUGGAAUUGUACUCAAGUCUGGAAAAAGGACAUGUUUGGACACAUUGUGAUAAUAGGUUCACGAGAGGCCGCGUUCACGUACGGAAUAACGAGCGCCGGGGCAGUCCACGCGAUCACCGCAGCGUGCGCCAAAGGAAACAUAUCGAUGUGCGGUUGCGAUUCCAAGCAAAAGUCGCAGUUUUCCACGGAAAGUGACAACUGGAAAUGGGGCGGAUGCUCGGCCGACAUCGCUUUUGGCAUGCGAUUUGCAAAGAAGUUUCUCGACGCACGGGAGAUCGAAAGUGACGACCGAAGCCUGAUGAACCUGCACAACAAUCGAGUGGGACGAAAGAUUGUCAAAGUGCUGCUGCGUACGGAGUGCAAGUGUCACGGUGUGAGUGGCUCAUGCGCAAUGCGCACGUGUUGGAAAAACUUACCCUCUUUCCACACAGUUGGAAACAUUAUGAUGAGGAAGUAUCGGAAGGCGAAAAUGGUGCAAGCGAUACCGGCGGUGGGGAAAGACAACGGCUCGCUGCAGCUGGUUCUGAAACGGCGUGGAAAACAACAGCAUACAGGUGUGAAUAGCCAAAAACCAAAGAGGAUGGAAAUGAUCUAUUUGCAUCCUUCACCAAAUUACUGCGAACGGGACAUGUCCACAGGGAUCUUGGGCACCAUUGGGCGCCAAUGUAAUCGCUCCUCAACCUCGAUGGAUAAAUGUGACUUGCUUUGCUGUGGGAGAGGCUAUAACACGCACAAUAUCGUGAAAAGUUGGCAGUGUAACUGUAAAUUCAAAUGGUGCUGCACGGUUAGCUGUGACAUUUGCACGGAACGCAUUGAAGAGUACACGUGCAAAUAGUGCGAAAAAUUACACCCUUGUUUCAACUCAUUUUUUGUAAAUAUUUAUCUAUCUAUUUUAAUCAUUCAUUUUAAGUAUACAUUUGUCCCAGACUAAAAUCAGUAUUAUUGCAAUGUACUUAAUUCAUAUUGUUUGAAAAAUAAAUGUUUUGAGUAAA